CCAUUCCCUUCUCUUCAUUUCCCUUCCAAACCAAACGCUUUAAAUAAAUCCACCCCCACAUGCCCCUUCUCCAUUCGUCUCUACUACUCCUGCUCCUGCUCCUGCUCCUACUCGCCAACUCAACUCAACAUAACACAGCUCCUCCUCCUCCUCCUCCUCCUCCAUCCAUCCUCCCAUAUUCCUCUUCUCCUCCAAAACCAACACAACAAAAUCGCUUCUUCUCAUGGCUGUCGAAGCAAGGCAUCUCAGUCUUUUUCCCACGGAAUUAGAAUUGAUCCAAGACAGAAACAUGUUGAACUCGAGCAAUCAAGCAAACUUUGGUUCGGCCUUCAAUUCGCAGCAGAUGCGUUGUCUCGGGAUCCCUCUUCCCGUUGCAUUACCGGAGAAUCAAUCUUUUUACCCGGCUGUGCUCUGCGACUCGGCGGCGCAGGCCAAAACUUCUGUCAAUACCGAUAGCGGACUGACUUGUAAUAUCUCCGCUUCGAGGAAACGGCCAAGAGAUUCCUCCGUUAACCUACAGUACGCGACGCAGAAUUUUCCGGCCGCACCCAAGGACGAAAGCGUGUCUCAGUUUCCGUCGUUUGGUGAUGAAGAUGUUUUGCCUCAAUUCUUACAACAUCAAUUGGAGAUCGAUGCAAUUAUCACCCAGCAUGCCAAAAAAAUCCGAUUGGAAUUAGAACAGAGGCAAAAGCAACAGGCGAGAUUGUUAGCGGCGGCAAUCGGAGAAGGCGUGAUGAAGAAAUUGAAGGAGAAAGACGAACAAAUCCAGAGAAUCGGGAAACUGAAUUUGGUAUUGCAAGAGAGGGUUAAAUCUCUAUACGUUGAAAACCAGUUGCUGAGGGAUUUGGCUCAAACGAACCAGGCAACGGCGAAUUCCCUGCGAACAAAUCUGGAGCAAGUUCUUCUCCACGUCGGCAGCGGCGGUGGUGAGGAGCACAUCUCCGCCGGAGCGGUGGCGGUCGAGGAUGACGCGGAGUCGUGCUGUGGCAGCAGCGAUGAGGGCGAAGCAGAUAAGGACGAGGCAAGGAGUUGUUGGAAAUGCCGGAGGUGUGCGGUAAGGGAGUCGUGCGUGCUGCUGCUGCCGUGCCGGCAUCUUUGCCUGUGCAACGUUUGCGGGAGUGGGUCCCAACAGCUGCAAGCAUGCCCAGCCUGCAACCUCACCGUGACCGCCACAUUGCACGUCAACACUUGUUGACCGGACCGGACCGGACCGUUAGAUGCAUGCACCAAAACCAAAACCCAACACGAGAAAUUACCAGGAAGCAGAACAAAUUAUAAUAGAUUUUGGCAGUAGAAUUUUUUUGUUUUUUUGUAGCCUCUUGUAAAUUCAUUUUAAUUAAAAUCUUUUAUUCUUUUAGUCCUUUCAUAGAUAGUUUAUUUCUCUCUACGUGAAGGAAGGAAAAGUGAAGAAAAAAGAUAUCAAGAUCCCCCGUGAUAAGUAAUAAAGGGCACAGAUUGCAUGCA